AUGGCCAAUUACCACGAGCUUGCCGCGGCAGCUCUUGAUCCUCUACGGACGGAUGAGAUUUUUUCGCAAAAUAGCGAACUCUUUGCGGAAGUUUGUGCAAGGUGGAUAUCGUCAGGCUCGAAUUCUGUCUUCAAAAUCGCGGCUUUUGGCCGUAUUCUUCCACUUGCGCCCCAUGUCGCAGAACAUGUCGAGCGCUUCCUAGCCACGUGCUCGCAAACACCUAUUCUUGGUUCUCAAGAAUCCGAUCUCUCUGUAUCGAACCUCCAAAAACCCGAUCUUCUCCAACUUCUCCUAGGAACUUUCCGUAUUCUCAGCUUCGAUAGUAUCGGCAUCUCUAGAUAUGUCCGUCCUCUGGUUCUGGAAGGCCUGCUGGAUCACCCGGAUAGGACUGUCCGAUACAUCGCGGUGCGGACAUUGUGCUUAUAUUUACAUACCGCAGAUGAUGCUACUCAAGAUAUGAUUAAAAGAUAUAUUCAAGAGGGGGAAAUCGAAGAUAGGUGGGAAGAUCAGACCAUCGAUUACAGGUUCUUAUCUUUGUGGGAGGAAAAGAGAUGGUCAUUGUUGCAACAGAAGCUUGAGACCAGAACGUCAGACACUGGCACCGUUUCCCAGGCUGCUAAGGCUGGCCAACUCUCUCCAUACACAGUGAACAUCAACGGAGUUCUCCUCCCCCGGUUAGAAGGAGCGCCGUCACGGAAGACACCAUCGGAACUGAUCUCCACUCCUACCACGGAAUCAAAUUUACGCCAUGUGGCGGAAGGACUCUUGGAUUCGAGGCCUAUUCUUCUAACCGGAAUCGCGGGAUCCGGCAAGACCCUCCUUACCAGGUACUUCGCAUGGCAUUUGAAUAAGCUAGAUACUAUGGUCACACUUCAUCUGAACGAGCAGAGUGAUGCCAAGUUGCUUGUUGGCAUGUAUACGACCGGAGCGAAACCCGGUACUUUCAGCUGGAGGCCAGGAGUGCUGACAACAGCUGUCAGAGAAGGAAGAUGGAUCUUCAUCGAGGACCUCGACCGUGCACCAAAUGAAGUCAUUAGUACUCUUCUACCCCUCAUUGAGCGAGGCCAGCUUUUGAUACCAAGCCGCGGAGAAACCGUCACAGCAGCCAGAGGGUUUCGCAUUAUUGCAACUAUGCGCAGUACCUUGAACCCGAGAGGCCAGGAGAUAGCCCCUAGGCAGAAUAUGAUCGGCAUGAGGUUUUGGAAUCACGUCAAAGUUCAGAUGCCUCAACUGGACGAGUUCGAGACAAUUCUCACAGAAAAAUACCCGACCCUACAACAGCAUGCUCCCGGACUGAUCCGUGUUUAUUCGAGACUUCUGUCCCUUUACUCCGACGCGAAAUUCUCGUCCGAGAAUGGUACUUCAAUACGCGCAUUGACUCCCCGCGAUUUGCUUAAAUGGAGUGACAGGAUUGCAUCUUUGCUAAGCCAAUCCUCGACUUUUAGUGCGGCCAAGACGGACGAGAUCUUCAUGGAGGCCUAUGAUUGCUUUGCGGGAAGUCUCCGUAGUGAUCAAGCGCGUCUCAAAGUUAUGGCAUGCGUAGCGGAAGAAUUGCACAUUGAUCCACAACGCCGGGAUCAUCUACUCGAGAAUCGGGAAGUCAAACUGGAAGCCCCAAGCAAAAGCUCAACCUCUGGCGUUUUACGGAUAGGACGAGCCCGUCUCACUCGGUCCAAGUCACAGAGGCGGCAGAUGUCAAAUCGACCUUUCUCAACAAAUGCUUACACUUUGCGAUUGUUGGAGAAAGUGGCCGUUGCAGUCGAUCAUCAAGAACCCUUGUUGCUUGUUGGCGAAACAGGAACAGGUAAAACAACUACAAUCCAGUAUCUUGCCGAGCAACUUGGUCGGAAGAUGGUCGCUUUCAACUUGUCGCAACAAAGUGAGAGUAGUGAUCUCCUGGGAGGGUACAAGCCAGUCAACGUUCGCAGUCUGGUCAUCCCCCUCAAAGAUGAGUUCGACGAACUGUUUGAUAUGACAUUUGCAAGGAAGAAGAACCUGCCUUUCCUGGAAAUGAUGGGCAAGCGUGUAGCCAAAGGAGAAUGGAAACGCGUUUGCAUGCUUUGGCGAGCAGCAUUGAAGAGAGUCGAUGCAGAACGAAAAUCACGCGAAUCGCGGACAUCGUCGCCAGAUCCAGAUGGAGGCCAACCCAAGAAGAAGCGAAAGGUCGAUGGUCUGCCUGCAAGUUUUCCCAGUGCUCGAUGGGAAAAGUUUGCCGCAGACCUACAAGACUUAGAGGCACAGCUUGCAAGUGGCUCCGAGGCGUUUGCCUUCUCAUUCCUAGAGGGUAACAUCGUCAAAGCUGUCCGGAAUGGAGACUGGAUCCUGCUGGAUGAGAUCAAUCUUGCAUCUUCUGAUACCCUUGAGGCAUUAGCAGAUCUUCUCGGCGGGGGUCCAGACGGCACACCAUCACUGCUGCUCACAGAGACUGGCAAUGUAGAACGCAUCGAAGCGCACCCGAACUUUCGAGUGUUCGCAGCGAUGAACCCAGCGACCGAUGUUGGAAAGAAAGAUCUUCCACCUGGCAUCCGAUCGAGGUUCACCGAACUUUAUGUCGAGAGUCCGGAUAGUGAUAUUAAGAGUCUUCGUAAUAUCGUUGAGAAGUAUCUGGGUGGAGACACAAUAGAUGCAGUCCUAGUGAAGACUGCAUCUGACGUUACAAACCUCUAUCUUGAUAUCCAGCGGCUAGCCAAGUCAAAUAUGCUGGUAGACGGAGCGGAUCAAAAGGCCCACUUUAGUCUGAGAACAUUAACAAGAGCACUCUCCUACGCCAGGGAAAUAUCACCUCUUUGCACGCUUAGGCGGGCUUUGUAUGAAGCAUUCCAUAUGAGCUUCCUCACAUUCUUAGGCAAAGCCUCAGAAGACCUAGUCGCUCCACUGAUCAAGCAACAUCUGUUCAGCCAAAAGUCAAGCGCGAAGACUGAACUAGGGAAGCCCUUACAACAAGCCAAUGACGGCAGAACCUACGUUCGACAAGGUCAUUACUGGCUGCGGCAAGGACCGCAUGCUGUUGAAGAGCAGCUUCAUUACAUCAUCACUCCUUUUGUUCAACGAAACAUGAACAACCUUAUUAGAGCUGCCUCAACACGCCGAUUUCCCGUUCUCAUACAAGGUCCGACUUCUUCAGGUAAAACUAGCAUGAUUGAGUACCUGGCCAAGCGAUCAGGCAAUCAAUUCGUGCGCAUCAACAACCACGAGCAUACUGAUCUGCAAGAAUACCUGGGAUCCUAUGUUUCAGGUACGGAUGGUAAACUCACCUUCCAGGAAGGCAUUCUUGUUCGUGCGUUGCGAGAAGGCCACUGGAUAGUUCUCGAUGAACUCAAUCUUGCACCUACAGAUGUACUUGAAGCCUUGAAUCGACUUCUAGACGAUAACCGUGAACUUCUCAUUCCCGAGACUCAAGAAGUUGUUCGGCCUCAUGAGGACUUCAUGCUGUUCGCCACUCAGAAUCCUGCAGGCCUGUACGGAGGACGAAAGGUUCUCUCGCGAGCCUUCCGUAAUCGAUUCCUGGAGCUCCAUUUCGAUGACAUUCCCGUAGAGGAAUUAACGGAAAUUUUGCAUCGCCGCACAAUGAUUCCAGAAUCAUGGUGUAAGCGUAUAGUGAAAGUCUACCAAGAACUCUCCACCCUGCGACAAGAGAACCGACUAUUUGAGGAUAAGAGUUUUGCUACACUGCGUGAUCUAUUCAGAUGGGCACAACGAAAAGCGGACACAAUCCAGGAUGUCGCAACCAACGGCUACUUAUUACUCGCUGAACGAGUACGAAAAGAAGACGAGCGCCAGGCGGUCAAGAAAAUAAUUGAAUCGGUCAUGAGUAAGAGUGGACCAAGGGUGCAGGUUGAAGAGGAAAAGCUGUUCAGCGAGGAAAGCUCCCCCGAGAUCAAGUUCUACAAAGAGAAGCUUGGUGAAUGCGAGGGCGUCGUUUGGACACAAGCCAUGCGCCGACUUUUUGUGCUCGUCGCACAUGCCAUACGCAACAACGAACCAGUGUUGCUUGUUGGAGAAACGGGCUGUGGUAAAACAACAGUGUGCCAGAUGCUUGCCGACGCCUUCGGAAAGCAGCUCCAUAUCGUCAAUGCCCACCAGAACACUGAAACUGGUGACCUUAUUGGUGCACAACGACCGAUACGAAAUAGAUCAGCGAUUGAAGAGUUACUUCGCCAGCAAUUGCUUUCCGUUUUGGCAAAUGUCACAGGCUCCGCGGACUUAAAUGCGAACGACUUGUCACAACUUCUACAGGAUUAUGACAGCCUUGACCAGGAAUCACGCAAUGCAGUUCCCAAUGAACACCGCGAGGAGAUCCAGAUCAACCGAGUAAAAGCCGCCGCUCUAUUCGAAUGGGCAGAUGGUAGCUUGGUACAUGCAAUGAAAACUGGACAAUAUUUCUUACUAGACGAAAUAUCCCUCGCAGACGAUUCGGUUCUGGAGCGACUCAACAGUGUCCUUGAAUCUUCUCGGACACUGCUCUUGGCAGAGAAGGGUCCCAUCGAUUCUGUUGUCACUGCGAACGAAGGUUUCCAGUUCCUCGCAACAAUGAAUCCUGGUGGCGAUUAUGGUAAACGAGAACUGUCACCUGCUUUGCGGAAUCGAUUCACCGAGAUCUGGGUACCCGCACUCUCGAACGUUGACGACAUUCUACAGAUCAUACGCUCCAAGCUUGUGGAAAAUGCCCUCCCCCAUGCAGACUCAAUUGUCUCCUUUGCACGGUGGUUCAAUGACAAGUACAACACUUCGGCAGCAUCGUCAAUCUCGAUUCGAGAUCUGCUUGCUUGGGUCACAUUCAUCAACACUUCUAACCACGACGAUCCAAUAUUUGGCGUAGUACACGGUGCGGCCAUGGUUUUCAUUGACACGCUCGGAGCGAAUCCUGCAGGGUUGUUAGCUAUUGCACCAGCAUCAAUCAAUGACGAGCGCAAAGCCUGUGUGAAUCAGCUGAGCGUAUUGCUUCACCAGGAUAUCUCUUCCCUAUAUUUCGGAGAGAUUGAUGUUGCUUCCGAUGAGACAUCGUUCCGAUUAGGCUCUUUCGCCAUUCCAAAGUUUUCGCAGACAGCAUCAGAAGAGGCCAAUUUCUCGCUUGAAGCUUCCACAACUCGGUCUAAUACCAUGAGAGUAGUCCGCGCUCUUCAACUACCGAAACCUAUUCUUCUAGAGGGUAAUCCUGGUGUGGGAAAGACUACACUCGUCACAGCUUUGGCUAAGGCGAUUGGAAAACCUUUGACCCGACUCAAUCUUUCUGAGCAAACAGACUUGAUGGACCUCUUUGGGUCUGACGUCCCCGUUGAGGGUGGCCAGGCAGGUGAUUGGGUUCUAUUGGAUGAGAUGAACUUGGCUUCCCAAUCUGUCCUCGAAGGAUUGAAUGCCGUUCUCGAUCAUCGUGGUGCGGUAUAUAUUUCAGAGCUGGACCAGACAUUCCAAAAGCAUGAAUCGUUCCGUGUCUUCGCAGCGCAGAAUCCUCAUCAUCAGGGUGGCGGGCGAAAGGGCUUGCCUGCAUCUUUCGUCAAUCGUUUCACCGUUGUAUAUGCAGAUAUCUUUGGACCCGAGGACCUUGCGUUAAUCUGUACGAAAAUCUUCCCUUCCAUUGAGAACGACGAAAUCAGCAGGCUCAUCAGUUUCGUUGCUGCUCUCGACGACCAUGUAGUCCAGAAGCGCGCUUUCGGUGCUCUUGGUACGCCGUGGGAAUUCAAUCUCCGUGAUACACUGCGAUGGCUCCAGGUGCUUGGAGCCCAGGGGUCUUCUCGUGACUUCCUGGAUGCUAUUUUCGUUCAGCGCUUCCGCUCCGAGACCGAUCGAGCUCGUCUGUUAGAACUCUUUGAGAGAGUGUAUGGCCAAUCCAGGCCCCGGAUCACUCUUUAUCACAAUCUCGGGCCAACCUCAUUCCAACUUGGGCUCGGCACGCUCCCAAGAGACCCCAGAGUGACACGCGCAAAUCAUGUCUCUCACCUGCAAGUCUCACAGCUGGCUCCCAUGGAGGCUCUCAUAUUGAGUGUGCAACGUUCAUGGCCAGUCAUUCUGGUAGGCGCUUCUGGAACGGGAAAGACAACACUCCUUGAUCAAUUGGCUUCAUAUGCCGGAGCAAAUUUGGUUACAUUCUCGAUGAAUGCGGAUAUCGAUGCGAUGGAUCUAGUUGGAGGCUAUGAACAGGCUGAUCCGUCGCGAGAAAUCCACCGCUUUGUUGCUAGAUUAAACCGAGACGUUCGACGCUGGCUAGCUGGAGAAUUUGCUAAACCAGAAAUCCGCGCUCAGUGCCUUGAAUUGCUCGAGCUGCUGGAAUCGAGUUCAGACCCGUCGCUAGACCGCAUAGCAAGACAUCUAGGGUGUAUCGCACAAUCUCCACCCGAAGCCGACACUGCAGGACCAUUACUGAAAGACCUAGAGACAAUUUCACAAAUUCCUAACGAAAUCGAAGGUGCUCGUUUCGAAUGGGUCGAUGGUACACUAAUCAGGGCACUUGAACAAGGCGAAUGGCUCGUUCUCGACAAUGCCAAUCUUUGCAGCAGUGCCGUUUUGGACCGACUGAACUCCCUCCUCGAGCCUAACGGGUAUCUCAGCAUCAAUGAGCACUCGACUGCCGAUGGCGAAGCCCGGAUCGUCUACCCCCACCCUAAUUUUCGAAUUUUCAUGACUAUGGAUCCGAGGUUUGGUGAACUCUCACGAGCCAUGCGAAAUCGUGCCGUUGAAAUUUGUCUGCUGCCGGAUGAGGAGACGGGGCAUUCGUUGACCAGAGAACAUUUGCCAAUUUAUCCAUUGGACUCGCAGAUGUAUCGCUUCAGGCACAUCAUGCAUUCCAGAGAUAGGACGGACGAUAUCAAGUUAGAAAGGUUCGAAAGUCUUUCACUGGCGGAUAGCAAUCACCUUCAGGCGUUCGUUUCUCAAGUGGAGAAAGGCCUCAUAUCACGAACACUGAAGGAGUCCGAUAUUGAUACAGAUGUACAAGUCUCCCCUAGAGAUGCAAGCAUCCUCGUCCACAACUGCUCGUUCUUGGAUCUCAAUAGCAUCGCUGCAUUCCUCAAACAGAGAUGGUCUCCCAGACUCCAGCACCUCCAAGACCAGCUCGUGGCGAACUCUAAUCAUGAAUGGCAAAAGUCUCUCACAUCACUGCCAUAUCAUCCGGCUAAUGAUGAACUUCGUCUGAACAGCAGUUCUCAUGGACCAGAUCUUUUCCUCUGGUUUGCCUGGUUUUACGACAAUAAUGCAGAUGUGUAUGCUAUGCAGAAGGCUAUCGAAUCCAUACCAUCGACCAAGUUCGAACGUCGUCGGGAAAAGCAAAAGUUGCCGGCUUUCUUGGAUGCGUAUUGGCGUAUCCUGGCCGCAUUUCUCGAGACCACCUGGAAGGCCUACCAAUCCGGCGAAAUCGACCAGGCUCCUCUCCAAUCAGUCCGUGUACUAUUCUGGACCUUUUUUGAAUUGGCCAAGGGUCAUGAGUUCGAUCGCGCAACGUUUCAGACAUACCUCAAGCUGAUCAACGAGUCAAUUUCAACAAAUUCCACUGAUGCUGGUCAUAUGCUUGACCUCAAAAACUCAUUAUCGCAACAGUUGAUGGUGUUUGACGCAGACACCCGCCUUCGUACCGGCCUCAGCAUGGAACGCAUCUGGAAGCAUAUGAGGCCUCGGACCGCACGCAAUACAAAGCAACUUAAAGCUAUACUGGACCUAGAAGUUUUGGCCGACCGGUUUGACGCUGUCAUGUGGAAAUCCACACUCAAAAUCGAUGAGAUGAUUCAAACCCGGGAAAGAUUUGCCAGUGCCUUGCAGCUAGUCAGGACUCAAGACAUUGAUGCCUCGGAGCUCUUAGUAAAUCUCGAAGACUUCUUACAGGGGAUUGAGAGUUCAGUCGGAGAAGAUAGUGCUAUUAUUACACCAUACUUCGAGAACGUCUUUGAAGGGCUCUGCCAAUAUGUCGAUCUACGACGAAGCUAUGUUCUUGCUGCGGAACAGAACAUCACGGAUAAGGUCAGCAUCGUGCGCGCCAAAGCUUCUCUUCUUGCACGCCGAUCGACUCAGUCGUUCGUUGUCAAACACAUCGACAGCCCCUCGGAACAUCUUGCAAGCUUGCAUCACUUUACUGGACAUGGUAAAGAAUCCGCACGUGAGAUGGCUCUGCAGAGCCGUGUUCACAUUGCCACAUUUCAGAAAUUGCAUGAAUUGGAUGAGCUUCAGUUGUCCCAAUUGGAUCGAUUCGAAUCUGAACUGUACAUCCUUGGGCAGUACGUAUCGCUUGAGGCCAACCAGAUGACCGAAGGACAAUACAAUGCACAGGCAAGCAGUUAUCAAGCUCGCCUUCAUGAACUACUUGCCACACAUUCCGACAUCCUAUCCUCAACUGCGCUACCGAUCAUUCUCAAGUCGGAUGCACAGUUGUCUGAACAGCAUCGUCAAUUGAUCGAGUCCACUCUGUCCCAUGUUACGGCAGUCGGGAACAAAUCCACACUUAGCGAAGCAUCUCAAUCUUGGGUCAAACUUGCAUUAUCUGGGCUGGCUCUUUAUGUACCAAACUAUCCUCAUGAUCCAGCAUUACGUCCUAUGGUCGAACAGAGGCUGUUCAAUGAGAAGAAGGCAACUGCUGUUCAAAAGUUGGAAUCGCUACGUCAAUUCCAAAAUGAUUUCACUGGUCAAAAUACAAGCGUUCGCAUCCGGAGCAUCGAAGCGGAGAUCCAUGAAAUGGGACUUGAACCUACAGUCCCCGCGAUAGUGCGACCUGAAGUUUCCGAGCUAGAUGCGCUUCAAGGAGAAUUUUCAAACUUGCUCAGCAUUAUUCAACCUCUUCUCGAGGGCAAGAUGACAAUAUCAGAUGCUUCGUUGGACAAGACAAUGCGACAGAACAUCAGUCUAGUGAUUGACAGGCUAUCCAGCUCCUACAGAAGCUACACCGAUAUCACUAGUCCCGCUAUCGGAUACCUCGUUUGCCUAAACAUCGGCCUGUCGCUGGGCUCUUUACUGGAGAAAGAGGAAACCAAUGUCUCCAGAAGCCUCCAAUACAUCACCGAACACACGCCAUUCUUCGGUCUGUCGGGAACGCAAACUGAAUUCAAGCCGGACCUUCUCUUUACCGAUUCUGAGAAAGAGCUGCAAAGGCUGAACCACUCCAUUGACCUUCGAUGGCACACGCUACAAAGUCUCACCAUCACAAGUAUUGUCGAACCCAUCCCUAUCAUGGACAAGAGGGCCAGAGCGCUUGUCCACAGCAUAUUCCAAUCCUUUUAUAGUGACUGGAAGGUGAAACUACUGAAAGACCAGGAGACCGAAGCCAAACGAUCGAACUUGUACACCUACAAGGGCGAUGAGCAGGAGACGGAUGAAGCAGAUCCAGAGCUUUUCCCAGACUACGAUGCUGAACGAGAAACCACAGACACUUCUAAAUCUACAUCCCGCGAGCACGCUAUUCGUGUAGCGCAUGCCCAUUCGAAUCUCUUCCUCGGGAACGUGGAAUCUGCAGGUGCUUUGCAGUCGCUCCUCCAGUGGUGCGCUGGCGAAAUGGUGCGUGUGGCUGAAGGAAACGCACAUGGCACCACCUACGAAAACGCGCUACCGACUAUUCUUCUAAGCCUAGGCGACAAGGCAGAUAUGAUGGCAUCUUCUGAGUCUGGCAAGCUGUACAACUUUUACUUCGAUGCGAACAUUUCAGAAGCCAAGAGAUUCAUCAACCUGGUGCAUCGAACGCAACAGCGCUAUCGCAAAAUCCACACCGCUCUAGAGAUGGAUCAUGCUACCAUUCUAGAUGUCUUGCGAACCUGUGACGAAGCGCUUGAGUUCAGGCACGUGGACCCUGUCGCGAAGUUCAUCACGAAAGUUGAGAAACUCCAUGAAUACAUCAAUGCCUGGCAACCGCUCGCUAGAAGAGAUCUCAAGACCCCUGAGAUUUUCGAUGAGAUUACUAAAUUACUCGUCAGCUGGAGACAACUCGAACUUACAACAUGGGCUCGCUUGUUCGACGUUGAAGUCGAGACUUGCCGCGAUCAUGCAAGGAGCUGGUUCUUCGUCGCUUAUGAGACCAUCAUGGCAGCCUCGGAGUCUAUUGGAGAUCAGUCAGACCUAAAUGCUCACACGAAAGAUCUACUCAAAACACUUGAAGGAUUCUUCUCCUCUACCACUCUGGGUCAAUUUGAGGGUCGUAUUCGUCUCCUCGAACAAUUCCGCGCUCAUGCAAAGAUGCGCAUGCAAGAUGACGAAGCAUUCCGUUCAAUCCAUCUUGCUCUUGACAAUUUCAUUGCAUAUUUCUCUCGAUUCUUGACACCGGUUCAAGAAGCCCUGAGCAAGGGAAGGCAAGCACUGGAAAAAGAGAUCGGCAACGUUAUCAAACUCGCAAGCUGGAAGGACACAACGAUUCAGGCACUGAAACAAAGUGCUAAAACAUCGCAUCGCAAGCUCACAAAACUCGUACGAAAGUUCAGAGCUGUCCUGAACCGCCCCUUUUCCACAAUGUACGAUGCCGGCUUCCCGGAACAGAAAUUUGCACUCCAACAAGUCAGUCUCUUUGCAAGCGAGAUCAAAGCAAGCCCGCAGUCUUUGCAACUUUGCGAGGCAUCUAUUCCCAGCUGGAAUGACAGGCCAUCGAGAUUCAAAAACGUUGAUACAACGACUUCUCUUAUGCAGAAACUUUCACGUCCUUCUGCCGAAAGUGCGGAUGGUGCAGUGUACAUUGAAAGCUUCAUUUCAGAUUUGGAGACCACAAUGGCUGAACUACAGAAGGCCACCCCGUCCGUUUUGACCGAAGAAAACAAGCAAACUGUCCAGCAUCUCAAGACACGGAAGCGCAAACUCUACGCUGAUACAAUGAAAGAGCUUCGCUUGAUGGGUAUUGUCUCCAAUCUCAGCAGUAAUGUUCUUGUCAAGCAAGAUGAGCUAUCUACAGUUCUUGCGCAGCUCCCUACUAGUUCUUCAGAUCAAAAGAACAGAACAGGAGCAGCUUAUUUCCUUCACAAAUCUCUUAGCCUGAUGGCUCCAGUCCGCCAAGUCUUCAAGGAACAUUCUGGUGACUUGACCAGCAAUGACGUCGCGAAGAGCAUUGGCUACCUCGAAGGUUUGUUGAACGCCGCACUCAGACAACGAAAACAAAUCAGUCAUGCAUCAGACAACCUAUGCGUACUACAACAAUUGUCCUCCAGUGUUACAAAUCUUCUGUCUUCCAAGAUCGACACUAUCAUGCGUGUCUCUCCUACCCAGACCACUGGCCUUGCCUCGCUGCAGUCCGGCAUAUCCUGGCUUUCAACAAUUACGAAGACUGGCGCAAAGAUUCUCGCUAUACAGGCUCAGCUCGGUCGGACAACCGAAUUUGAUGAAGUUACAAGCGGCCUGCGACGCUGGAGUGAGCAAUUUGGUAGAAUGGUGACAGACAACUUCCAAGGCCUGCCUCAAUUACCUACCAACAUCUGGUCGGAAACUUACACGGAAACGUACGAUUUGGCGACGGAAAAGCUCGGCGAAUUCCAUCAGCUCUUCAAUACUUGGAUGGCCCAAUACCCACUUUGUCGCGUGGUUCUAAAACAGAUCCAGCCAUUUGUUUUCGAAGCUCCCAAGAAUAUCGAAAGCCUAACUUCAACCCCUUCAUUGGAUGGUAUUAGCUCUUUGUCCACCGACCUGUUUGCCAUCCUUGACCUUGUACUCGGUGCUAUGCAAGAGGUUCAGGCAGCACUAAGCGAGCUGCCAAACACCGUCGAAGAUGCAACAUGGCUUGUCAAGGAAGAAAAGUCCUUAUGCUCCGCGAUCAUGGCACUCCACACUCAACAGAUAUCGAAAGCGCUUAAGGAUCUCCUCAACCGGGUGCACGAUUUGGGUCAUGAAAGUCAAAUCCAAGCAGCAGCUGCACUAUUCUCGGCCGUGCAGCCCGUCCUAGAACAAUACGUAUCUUCUCAUGAUUUCCUCAUUGGAAAGGUGGGAGCAUUGCACUUUUCCACAUCCAAACUGCUCUAUCGUCUAUCCAGGACCUUCAUUCAAAUUGGGUCGCAGGGCUUCUGCACGCCGUCCGAAAAGUCAAAUGAUCAGGACAAGGGCAAGGACGACAAACUGGAGUCAGGCACGGGACUUGGUGCGGGAGAAGGUGCUGAGGAUAUUUCCAAGGACAUUGAAGAUGAUGAGGAUCUUGAGGAUUUGGCACAAGAGAAGGGUGAAGAACGUGAAGGUAGCAUUGAAGAGGAAGAAGAUGCUGUGGACAUGGGCGAACAAGAGAUGGAAGGCGAGCUUGGUGACACUGCUGAGAAAGAGGAAGGGGAUGAUGAAGGUGAAGAAGGAGAUGACGAUGUUGAGAGUCAGGUCGGCAGUGUAGACGAUCUUGGCCCUAAUGCUUUGGACGAAAAGAUGUGGGACGAAGGUGGCAAAGACGAAGAUCUAGACGAGAAAGAGGGUCAACAGGAUGUUGGCACGGAAACUCAAGAUGAACAGGUAGCUGCCGAUGACAAAAAGGAGAAGAAAGAGGAUGACAAAGGCGAGAACGAGGAGGCUAAGAAUGAAGAUGAGGAAAUGGAAAUGGAAGGCGAAGAACAAGACGAAGAGGUGGGAGCGGGUGAGCAAGAGAAGAUGGAUCCUUUUGCAAAGGAGGAAGAAACCCUUGAGCUUCCCGAAGAACUCAACCUUGAUGGAAAUGAUGGAGGAAAAGAGGAAGAGGACUUCGGUGAUAUGGAUAUGGAUGAAGGCGAAGAUGAAGAGCUCGACGCUGACCUCAAUGCCGACCCCGAAAAUGCCAAAGACGAACUUGAAUCCGAACCCGGCGAGCAGGAUGAAGAAACCACAGAUCACAUCAAGGACGAAGACGAAUCAAAGGCAGAGGAAGAAGGGGAGCAGGAUGACCAAGAUGCCAUGGAAGAAGAUGUUGUUCCUCUUCCUGAUGAGAAUGCGCCACCCGAAGAUGGCCGAGAAGACCGUGACGACAACGUUGACGCCUCUGCCGAGGCUGGUGCUGGCGCAGAUGCAAACGAAGACUCCCACCAGGACCAAAAGGAGCAGGCCUCCGCAAGUGCGGCAAACCAACAAGACGGCCGUGAAGGGGAGACAUCUGAAAACAUGCAGGAGACCAAUGCCGAGGACGGAAAACUGGGACAGACUGCUCAACCUGAAGCCAGUGGACGUGGUGAAGAUGAAGAGGAGACUGCACAAACAGAAUCUUUCAAAAAGCUGGGUGAUACUUUGGAACGAUGGUAUAAUCAACAACGUCAAAUCCAAGAGUCUAAGCAGAAGGACGAAACAGAGGUUCAACAAAUUGACAAGGAGGUCGAUAUGGCCGAUGCAGACUUCGAGCACCUCCCAGACGAUGAGACCCAAGCAGACACGCAGGCGAUGGGCACCGCGACUGAGGAACAGGCAAAGACUCUUGAUCAAGACAUGGCUAUGGCUGUUGACGAAAAAGAGGAAGAAAAGGUCCCAGCGCGACCUGAAGAAGACCCUGUGCACGAGGAGAACCAAGAUGUCAACAUGGAAGACUCUGUGCCUCAACUUGAGCAAGAAGAAGAGAAAGAGCAACAGCCCCCGACUGCAGAUGGCCGUCCUCAAGCGUUUGUGGGUGAACAGAAAACAUUCGAAGAAGAUGAUGAUCAUGAAAUGGAAGACGCUAUCCCGCUGGACGAUGAGAUUUCCGAGACAUCAUCUGUCCACGAGGUAGAGACGCAAUUGGAGUUGACCCAUCUUGAUCCUGGUCUUUCUGCCAUGACGCCCGAGACCGCUCGCGCUCUCUGGCUACAUCAUGAGAGCUCCACGCAUACUCUCUCCCAGCAGCUCACUGAACAUCUUCGAUUAAUCCUCGCACCUACUCUUGCAACAAAGCUUCGCGGCGAUUUCCGUACUGGUAAAAGACUCAACCUCAAACGAAUCAUACCAUACAUCGCGUCUGGGUACAAGCGAGACAAGAUCUGGUUACGCCGAUCCAUGCCCAGCAAACGCAGUUAUCAAGUUAUGAUCGCACUCGAUGACUCCAAGUCCAUGGCCGAAUCCGGAGCUUCCAAUCUCGCACUCAAGACCUUGACUCUGGUCACACGUUCGCUUUCCAUGCUUGAGGUGGGAGAGGUCUCCGUCGUUGGCUUUGGCGAUCAGGUGAACGUGACACAUGAUUUCGACAAACCAUUCACUUCGGAAUCUGGUGUCCGCGUGUUCGAGCAGUUCGGUUUCGAGUCUGGCAAGACAGACGUACGUAAACUCGUGGACAGAAGCUUAGAUCUGUUCGCAGAGGCCCGGCGCAAGGGGGCAAGCUCCGCUGGUGAGGAUCUGUGGCAACUCAUGCUAGUUGUCAGCGACGGUAUCUGCGACUCGCAUGCUGAUAUUCAGCGUCUCGUUCGACGGGCGCAGGAAGAACGUGUCAUGAUCGUUUUCAUCAUCAUCGACGCUACUGCCACCACGACAAUCUCCGAUCCCAGCGCUUCUCAAGGGACGGGUACUCAGCAGGGCUCGACGGCAGAAAAGGCAAAAGACAAGACGAGCAUUCUCGAUUUACAAAGCGUGGAGAUUACGGCAGAAGGAAAGGUGGUUCGAUGGAAGUACAUGGAAAGGUUCCCGUUCAGGUAUUAUCUUGUCGUUCGAGAUGUUAGGGAGUUACCAGGAGUUCUUGCCGGUGCUUUGAGGCAAUGUUCAAAUGAUCUGGAGUCAAUUUUGAAAUCGGCAUUGAAACAGUGGAAGACAUCGCCCCUGCAACGCCCAUACACCGCCGAUGAAGUCUUCUUCCACAAACACCUCCCCAAAGCCCGCAAGGAGAAUCCAAACCUCACAGAUGGGGAGAUUGCGCGGAAACUCGGGCAAGAGUGGCUCACCAUGGACACUCUUGCCUUCAAUGACGAUUGGCUACCAGCACAGUACACUUACACGUCUAUUGCAUAUACCCUCGAAAAGGAUUGGAAGUCGAGACGAAUCCAAAGCAGUGUCAGAGAGGACGAUUCGGAUUGGCCGCUCAUUCAAGCGCAGUGGUAUUGCGAUGACGGGACUUUUGACGAGGGCGUCAGGGCGCCGGAGAUGCCUAAGAAGGCAGAGGAGUGGUAUAAGAGGAGUUUAAUUUGCGAAGCCAUCAGGGAGCAGAGAAGAGGGAGCGAUGCAACGAUUGCCGCAUUAGGAAUGAGAGCGUCUCGAGAGUGGCGCACUCUUCCUGACGAUAAGAGAGCCAAGUUUGAAGAGAUGGCGAGAAAGCAGCAGCAGACAUAUCUGAACAAUUGGGAGGAGUAUGGGAGGGCUGCGGGUACGAAGCAAGUACCGCAGUAUAUUUUACCAUGUAAUAUCACCAAUGGUGGUAAGAUGAGGAGUAAGGCGAUGGCAGAGAAACUCCUCGGAGGUCGUGCGAAAUUCCCACCAGAACUGAAUCCUUUACAACGGUCGGCUUAUAUGAUGUAUUAUAUGGACAGAAUAUGCAAUGCUGUGAUUGAUAAUCCACAGAAGUCAAUAGUCGAUCACGGCUACGAUCUGGACAAAGUAUGGUAUGGCCCUUGGUCGCUGCCUCAACACCAUCGACAAUGGGCAAGUCAAGAGCAAGACGAACCGGAAAGUGCGAUCAUGCUACGCAACUCGCUUCACGUCCAAUAUAAGGAAAAGUUCGAAGCAGCGAAGUCAGAUUUCCUCAGAAGCUGGACGGAGUACUGGAUAGCCAUCUCGAAGAAUCUGAAAGAUCCCGAUCACCCGAUGGAAAGAAGUUACCUCUGGCGUCUCAAGACCUCAGACCCAUUCGGUGCGCAGUAUCUCUUCUGCUGGGAAAUGGAGUUCAAGUGGUUUGCAGAAGCCAUGAUAAAUGGGAUGAGUCCAAAAUUCAUGCCAAAAUGCAAUGAUGAGUGGGCACUGAUGUCCAAGCAUUCAAAUGGUUCCAAUCAGCAAAGACAGUAUGAAGACCUGCACAGGGAAAUGUUGAAACGAUAUGAAGUGGCCAUGGGGGAGUCUUGGGGCGACCCUAUCCAGGAAUGGCAGGAUAGUAUCGGUGUGAAGAGUGAACUUUGAAAUUGCGUCAUUGAUGUUGAAUGUAAAGAAGUUAGAGAAAGUCACCCGGAAGUCCAAUGUCAUCUCUACAGUCAAUACUGCAUUAGAACCUCCUGUAACACAUAUAU